AUUUGUGUGGUAUUCCCGGUGCCGGUAAUUUACGUGUUGUUUACGUACCGACCCUGUCAGGUUGAUGGGCAUGUUUGAGUAGUUUUUAGAAUACUCCAAAUACUUUGGUACCACAUCCCGUGCAGAAGAAGUGCGGGCAAUUUUCUUGAACGUCGUGACACCACCGAUUCAUUGGCCGACCGGGGGCCAACGAUUAAUUUAUUCGGUGUGCUGAUCGGAAAAUUACGAUAUUGUCAAGUGUAACACAUUUGACGAAGACAAGACCGUAAGGAAUUUAUGCAACCGACCGGGGUAACUACCACGAAAGCCGUGCAAAAAAGGAGGUAUCCCGUACGUAUAUUCGGCUCGGCAUUGGAUCGUCUUGUUCUGCAUCAGUGGGAAAGCAAGUCAAUCUACGGCGCACGACCCAUUUUUUCGAAUCUAUUUUAAGUCCGGCCGAACGAUCAGCAGUAGCGCGGGUUUCGGGGUUUACCGAAAUCUCAUCAAAGGCACUUCCCUGCCAACGCAUUACAACUUCAGGCCCAAUGCUCUUCCCCCCCUUUGGGUGGACAGCGUGAACGUCGUGCGUAAGUGAUAAAUAUCUCCCCUUAAAAAAGACGGUCUCGGUAACACUACCACCCGGGGAGGAAAAGGCAGGGAAACUUUCAAAAAUACAUAAAUCACCGUGACAAGCAAUAUAACAAUCAAAAGCAAAUCACUCCCCCUGGCACGUGACAACCACCGUGAUCGGAUUGAGGUUUCAGCAGGAAUCGAAUCGAUUCACACGCACGAAACAAUGAAUAACGGCGCUCCAACCAAAGCCCUAUCAAAAGGCAAGGUUAAAGAGCUUAAUGGACUGGUCGAGGAGCUGAUGCAGCAUGGGUUCCGGGAGGCAAACACAACCGAUGAACUGCUUGCCCAGCACCGGAACAUGGCCGGCGUGCUGGACCGUAUCCGGCGCAUCGAACCAAAGCUGCGCACCACAAACGGACGGUCGAGGAUGGAAAAUGUUGACCACUUCACACGGUGGGCAAUCGAGCAGGGCUGUCAGGUGGAGAACGUACGUGUCGCCGAACAUACCGAGUACGGUGGGCUUGGGUUAGAAUCUACCGGGCAUAUUCCAGCGGGCGAAAGCAUCAUCACCGUACCGCGAAGCUUGUUUUUCUACGUUACCAAUGAACCACGCUACCGGAAGCUGCUCGAACUGAUGCCGGGUGCAAUGAUGAGCGAACAGGGUAACAUAAUGCUUGCCCUUGCCCUCGUUAUGGAACGGUUCCGGGCGAAAAGCUUCUGGAAGCCGUACCUGGACCUGCUGCCCGAUCGGUACACGACACCGCUUUAUUACACAACGGAGGAUAUGGGCGAGCUGGCCGAUACUGAAGCGUUUCUGCCUGCAUUGAAGCUGUGCAAACACAUUGCCCGGCAGUACGGAUUCAUCCGGAAGUUCGUGCAGGAGAAGGUGGACGAUCUGCGGGACUGUUUUACCUACGACGUGUUCCGCUGGGCUGUCUCGACGGUCAUGACCCGACAGAAUAAAGUACCGGUCAACCUAGCAGAGUUUGACGGUAUGGACUUUACGCUUGCACUGAUUCCACUCUGGGACAUGGCUAAUCACGCGUACCCCGACAUCAAAGGGCACGAAGACCGAUGCGUAGCAGAAACAUGCUAUAAUGCUGCCAGUGAACAAUUAGAGUGUACGCUUACGCGGGAAAUAAGCGCUGCUACGGUGACGGUGCCCAUUUUUAUCGUUUAUGGCAAGCGAACGGAUGCGGAAUUUCUCGUCCACAAUGGUUUCGUCUGUCCUCGAAAUCCGUAUACGAGCGUGCAGAAACGCUUUACAUUGGUACCAGCGAUUCCGCACUACAAGGAACGUUCGCAUCUGCUCGAGCUGCUCGGCAUUCCAACGACUGGCAUGUUCGCGUUCGGUUUAGCCACCGGCAGGCGUCUGCCGGCUCCGAUCUCACCGGAACUGAUUACGCUGGCCCGUGUCUCGGCCAUGAACGAUAAGGAGCUGGAACACUAUACCCUGAACGCAACGGAACGGCAAACGCUAUGCGCGUAUUUUGCGUCCGUACCCGUCGAGCUGUGUGAGCGGACGAAUCGAUGGUUGGCCACGGUGAUGAAGAUCAUGCUGCUCCGCUAUCCUACCACGAUUGAGCAGGAUGAGGCGCUGCUGAAAGGAAACCGACAGAUGCAUCACAUUCGCCGGCUACUAAUUGAGUACCGGCUCGAGGAGAAACAGACGCUACACAGCUGGCUAACCUCAAGCAAGUAGAAACAAGUGAUCCGAUGAUUUCUUAUGCAUACAACAUCUGGGCAUCAAUUCUGAACUGAUUGGAAAUGGCUUUAUAAAAGUUUGCACUGCUCGAACGUUUCUACCAGUUCAGAAGUGCCCCUGCUAUAUUGCUAACAACUUAUAAACAACACCAAAUAGUUGCUUCAAGGCAACGGGAGCGAGCGGGCAACGUGCGAGUACGAUGCGCUGUGGAUAUGUUUCAAUUUUCACAUUCUACCUUGUUUUCCCCCUGCGUUUAGCUUUUAGUCUUUUGAGGCAUAAAAUAGUAUUAUUUUUCAAUGCUAACAAAAUUGUACCAACAAAGUGAGUAAAUCUUUCCCUCCUCUGGCAAUAUUAUCUAAAAUUAUUGAUUAAUUUAAAAUUAUUAUUAUGCACAAACAAAAUUGGACAUUAGUUACCUUUCUAGUGUCACACUAACAUUAAUGCAUACUGUUUUGUAUCUUUGUAUACGCUUACGAUUAUUUCUUUUGGGUUGUUUCUUUUUUCCAAUGCUGACACAUUUAAUUGCGUUAGGAAUCGUGUAACGAAAGUGAAGUAUAAAUUGUUAUAUUAAAUGCUUCUA